CUUGCACAUCCAAACCCGAAGUCCAAUAACCCGAUUCUUCCCACCCUUCACGAACAUAAAGGUUAGGGCUACUUCCGUCGAUGGAACUCCGGCACGAACGUAACAUCCGAUCUUUCCACCUUCGCGUCCUCUCUCCCCUUCCUCUCCUCUCGGAGCCUGUUCCUGUUACAGCGAGAUCGAGGAAAGUACGGGCUUUUGCGCCCUUGUGGCCGCCGAAAUCGAUGUUCGUUUGCGUCCCAUGGAUCCCUCUUUGAGUCAGCCCUCCCCUGAGGUGGAAGAAGCUGAAUGGGAUACUGAUGGAUUUGUGAUCCCAAGCUUGACAAUCGGUGAUUUUGAUCCUUCUGACACAAAUGUGCCUGGAGUAACGGAUUCUAAACCUCCUGCGACGACCACCAUAGAAGCUGAGAAAAUCUACUUGGGACCUCACGGUGCUCCACCUUCUCAAGCCAAGCAGCAAGAGGUCAAAGCAUCUGGGCGUAAACCGAGCUUUAAGCAUAAGCUAAAGGAAGCGGAUCGUAGAUAUUCUGGAACUGGCCGUGAGAACAAAGUAGAAACACUUCAACAGCUUGUGGGUGGUAAGGUAAGCAGUGCCACCAUGCUGAGGAGCUCCCCACGAGACUGGCUGGAUCCUCACUGCCAUGAAUCACAGUUUGAGAAAUAUCCGUAGAAAUACAUCUAUAAACUGAACGGAAGGUGUACUGUGUCAACCUAUUAUUUAGCCUUUGUGGCACUACUAUCUGUAAGAUACCCACGACUAUCUUACUUAUAUGGGCCUUUAUCACUGUUACGAACCUUUGGCAUUUGUUAAAUUGAGCAUAAACAGAGUCUGUUUCACCAGCAUUUUGUGUUUGGUUCUUAGCCAUGUAAUGAUUUGCUGCACCGAAUUUGUUUCACCAGCAAUUUCUAUUUGGCUUAUAGCCAUGUUAGCAGUA